AUGAACAAGUACGAUGUCUUGGGCGUCGUGGGCGAAGGGGCCUACGGCGUGGUGUUGAAAUGCAAGAACAAGGACACCAAUGAAGUGGUGGCCAUCAAGAAGUUCAAGGAAAGUGAAGAGGACGAGGUAGUUCGAAAAACCACGUUGAGAGAGGUGAAGAUCCUUCGCAUAAUGCGGCACGAAAACAUUGUGCAGCUGAAGGAGGCCUUUCGACGCAGGGGGAAGCUCUACCUCGUCUUCGAAUUCGUGGAGAAAAGCAUGCUCGACAUUUUAGAGGCUAAUCCAAAUGGCGUGGACACAGAAACUGUUCGUGCAUCUCGGGAGAAUCAAGCUUGCAUUGCUUCAAGCAAAGUUGACUUUGGAUGCGCACAUCUUCACUGCUUCACCAUGGCUGUUCCGGGUGAAGACUUGGCUGAGGCUCGUGCCAUUGAGUACUGUCAUCGGCAUGAUGUCAUUCACCGUGACAUCAAGCCAGAAAACUUGUUGAUCAACCCUGCGGAUAAUGCACUGCGGCUUUGCGACUUCGGGUUCGCCCGGACAAUGAGCGCGGAUACGCCACUCACAGCCAGCCGCUCAGAGUGCUAG